AUGCUUGGGCAAAAGGAAGCGAAGCCGAAGAAAUCAAAGAAGAAGAAGAAGAAGACGAAAAAGAAGAAGAGCAGCGAAGAAGACCCAACCCGUGACAUUACGAGACGAAUCGAGAGACUAGACGACGCCGAUUUCCCUCUUUUUCCCUUCUUCUUCGACGCCGCUGAGCAGCCAAUGCGCCAUCGCACCGUCGUUCUCGCCCACCCACGCCCGUUGUUACUCUGA